AUGGCGGGAUUAGACUACCUUCUUUUUGAGGAGGCUACCGGAUAUGGUAUUUUCAAAGUUCUCAUACAACAAGACGACAUUGCAUCAAGGUCGAAAGAAGUGCAAGAAGCCGCCCAUGAUUUAUCAAAAUUUUCCAAAAUGGUUGAAUUAGUGUCAUUUGCUCCAUUCAAAGGAGCAGCACAAGCCUUGGAAAACGCUAAUGAUAUUUCGGAAGGGUUAGUUUCUGAUUACUUGAAGGAAGUUUUGCAGUUGAAUUUACCAAAGACUAGCAAAAAAAUCAACUUGGGUGUAUCGGAUAAAAACUUGGGUCCUUCAAUUAAGGAAAUUUUCCCCAAUGUUGAUGUGUUGUCUAAUGAAAUUGUUCAAGAUUUCCUUAGAGGCAUUAGAGUAUUUGGAGCUAAAUUGUUUAAAGAUUUGCAAGAGGGCGAUAUAGAAAGAGCUCAAUUAGGAUUGGGUCAUGCCUUUUCUAGAGCUAAGGUUAAGUUUUCGGUGCAAAAGAAUGAUAAUCAUAUUAUUCAAGCUAUUGCGUUAUUGGAUCAGUUGGACAAGGAUAUAAAUACAUUUUCCAUGAGAGUUAAGGAAUGGUACGGAUGGCAUUUUCCGGAAUUGGCCAAAAUUGUUUCCGACAACUAUCAAUUUGCCAGAUUAGUGCUUUACAUUAAGGACAAGUCCAAUUUAACCGAAGAUGACUUGCAUGAUGUUGCUGCCAUCUUGAAUGAAGAUUCAGGAAUUGCUCAACGUGUCAUUGAUAAUGCCAAGAUCUCCAUGGGUCAAGAUAUCAGUGAGCAAGAUAUGGAUAAUGUGAUUACUUUUGCUCAAAGAGUGGUCAACUUGACCGAAUACAGACAACAAUUGUCUAAAUACUUGACCGAUAAGAUGCACACCGUAGCCCCUAACUUGUCCACUUUGAUUGGUGAAGUUGUUGGAGCCAGAUUAAUUUCUCAUGCGGGGUCGUUGACCAAUUUAUCCAAACAAGCAGCAUCAACCGUGCAAAUCUUGGGUGCAGAAAAGGCAUUGUUUAGAGCAUUGAAAACGAAAGGAAACACCCCCAAAUAUGGAUUGAUUUAUCACUCAUCAUUUAUUGGUAAAGCUGGUGCCAAGAACAAGGGAAGAAUUUCUAGGUAUUUGGCAAACAAAUGUUCCAUUGCUUCAAGAAUCGACAAUUAUAGCGACGAGCCAACAACAGCAUUUGGUGAAGUGUUGAAGCAACAAGUUGAAGAUCGUUUGAAGUUUUACGAUACUGGGUCAGCUCCAAUGAAGAAUUCCGAUGCUAUCAAGGCGGCAUUAGCUUUGAAUGGAGUUGCUGAUAUUGGAGAUGAUGAAGGGGAUGUUGAAAUUGAAGAUGUCGAAGAUAAGCUGGAGAAGAAGGAUAAGAAGGAAAAGAAGGAAAAGAAAGACAAGAAAGAAAAGAAGGAGAAAAAGGAAAAGAAAGACAAGAAAGAGAAGAAGAGAAAAGCUGAAGAUGGUGAAGAAACACCAAAGAAGAAGAAGAAGAAAUCCAAGGAUUAG